AAACAGCUGAUUGUGUGUUUUCAUUUUUUGUUAUUUAACUGAACACCAAAAUGAGUUUUUUUCGGAAAGGACACCGGAUCCUGAUAGCAGGAAUCAUUCCAAAUAUUGCACCCGGGGGUGACGAUAUCGUUGGUAAAGAUACCAAGACAUACAAAUCAUUCUUGGAAGGCAAGAAACCGGAAGAAACUGGAUUGGAACGACUGAAGCAUAUGUUUACCAUUGAUGAAUUUGGAAGCAUAUCAUCCGAGCUGAACUCAAUCUACCAGGCCGGAUUUUUGGGUUUUCUUAUUGGAGCAAUUUACGGCGGUGUUACACAAUCCCGCGCGGGCUACAUGAAUUUCAUGGAAAACAACCAGGCUACAGCGUUUAAAUCGCAUUUCGACGCUAAGAAAAAACUGCAGGAUCAGUUCACUGUAAACUUCGCCAAGGGCGGUUUCAAAUGGGGAUGGCGAGUGGGCCUCUUCACCACCUCCUAUUUUGGCAUCAUAACUUGUAUUUCGGUGUAUCGCGGCAAGUCCUCUAUUUACGAGUACUUGGCUGCCGGCUCCCUGACCGGAUCUCUCUACAAAGUAAACCUAGGCCUGCGAGGUAUGGCUGCUGGCGGGAUCAUCGGCGGAUUCUUGGGGGGAGUGGCUGGGGCUGCGUCUCUUCUGCUUAUGAAAGCGUCUGGAACGUCAAUGGAGGAGGUUCGUUACUGGCAGUACAAGUGGCGACUGGAUCGCGACGAUAAUAUCCAGCAGGCAGUCAGAAAACUCACAGAGGAAGAUAAUCCAGAGCUAUUCAAAGCACACGACACGAAGGUUUCGGAAAAUGUCUCUCUGGAAUCGGUCAAAUAAUUGUUAACA